AUGCGGGAAAUGGCUGGCCAAGCUGCUUCAAGAACGGCGUUCACCUUGGAUCCUGUUACCUUUGGCUGCCCAGAUUCUUCCCUUGGCUUGACCAAUGUGGAUGUUACGAUAAGUCUUCCCACGCAGCCUCUAUUCAAUAUAAUCACACCGAGAGACCUUUACAGUUGGCUAGUAGCCGACGAGGGACUGAUGGCAUUUUUGACGUCCUCCACCAAAUCUGCAUUGUUUGGCGAGGCAUUUCCACAGCUAAAGCAACAAAACGGCAACGCGUAUCAGCAGCUUGUGCUAUACAACUGGAACAGCGCUGUGACUACACGUUCCGUUCGCCUAACCUUAGUUCUCCGCGAGGAGGCGUCCUUCCCAACUCAGCUAGGCUUCUCCUGUGAGUCGUUGCAGUGCGAAUACCAGCCGCUUUUUGAAACCACUGCCUUCCAAGAUUUUUUGAGGCGACUGGCACAGGAGAACAUCUUGAGAGACGUUGUUGCGGAACUUACAGUUCAUGUUGUCUUGAUAAAUAGCAACCAGCGUGACACCGUGCUGGAGGCGCAUAUACAGUUUCCAAGGAAUCGAGGAGGCAACGUUACACCAAAAUUCUCUACUGAAACUUUCACUUUGCAGCCAUACUCUACAUGGGAUUUUACAACCGUAGCUGCCGUGGCUCUGCAAGUGGCAAGCGGAGCGCUUUUCUUGUUUUUCGGAUGCUCAUUCUUUGUGGAGUUUUGCCGGCUGAGGGGAAGACUGAAGGAGGAGCGUGAAGACUACAGCUUUGGCUUGUGCUUAGGAGUUUUUUUUAUCGACGACCUUUUCAAUGCUUUCGACAUCAUUGGCUUCAUUGUACUGGCUUGUGCAAUUUUUGUGUGGGUACUUCAUGUGUGUGCUUCACCUCACGCAGAAGUGCUCAAUUUAGCUGAAGAUCUCUCCACCGCUUUAGUUGCUGCCGCUUCCGGGGCCACAGAGGAAGCGGAGGCAACCGCAGCAGCUGGGGUUUUCUUCAGGGCCUUCAGUUCAACAUCUGCCUUGCUCCGCAUCUACGCUCAGUUAGCGGCGGCUAUUUUGGCCGCUGCAUUUCUUCGUUUACUCCGAAUUGGGCGCAAACGCAAGCGCAUGACCAUGAUGUUUUUUGCUGUUGCUUCGGCAGCAGAAGAGAUGAUACAGGUCCUGAUAGGUACGGUACUAAUUUUCAUGGGCUUCGCAUAUUUGUGCUUUCUUUCCUUUGGCCGUUACCUGGAGAACUACUCAACACUGAAGAACUCAUUUGUCUCCACGAUCAUGCUGACGACAGGCUUCUUCCCCUUAUCGCAGCUCUUCCAGUCAGAUGCCUUUAUGGCCGGGGUUUUCGUUUUUCCUUACCUCUUUUUCAUGGGAAUCAUUUGCUUCAGCUUCUCCCUGUGCGUGCUGCUCCGCUCUUUGGCGCACCGCUCAGCAGAAAUUCAAGCAAUGGAAAAACUUGGGAAGAUUGAGCAACGCCCACUCUUGAAAUCUUUACAGCUCUUCCUGCAGGAGCUUUCCUGCAGCUUUCAGCCUUCACAAGAAGAGAUACAGGCUCAACAAAAGGAACUGGAGCUGGAACACCUGCAACAGCAGGAGGAUGAGGCAACAGCAUUUGGAAAGAAGACAGCUUCAGACCAGAAGGCUGACUUCGAAGUGCUACAGAUGAUUGAAGCAGUCGAGCGGAGACGAAGGGAAAUGCCACUUAAAGUGGUGGACCUGCCCCCUGACGUCAUCACCAGUGCGUUGUCUGACGACCAGUAUGCCGCUUUGCCGGACGAAGUGCGAUCAUUUGCCAAUCAAGAAGCGGCUCUCUUUGUGGAUCGUUUCCGUAAAUUGGCGAUCCAGUUCCAGCUUGGCAGCGGCGAUGUUGUAUCUCUACUACAACAGUUAGAAAACGAUGCCUACGUUGAGCUGUGGGCGCUUGCUCAUGAAGUAGCCCAGCAAGAAGGUCACUUGCAGCAUGAACUAUCAGUUUACACGUCGCACGUUAUCAAUGGGCAACAGCGGCUCUUAGGCUAUAUUAAGUUCCUCGAGCAAGCGCUGCAAGACAAAGAGGAAGAGCUGCAACUUCAACUUCAGGAACUACGGCUUCUAGAGAUAAAAGUUGAAGAUGAGAAGCAAGCUGCUGAAAGGUAUGGAACGACACGAUGA